ACAAUCUUUCUUAAUUAACAAGCUUAAAUUCGCAGGUGCUGUUCGUCAUGAAACAAGUGUAGGCGAUACCGGCAAGAGAAAGUAAUGACACAUUUAUUAUUUGCUAAUACUCAUUUAGUAUGAUAUAACAGUAUGUAUUUGUUUUGUACUUGUACAACAGGCGGGGUAGCCAAAUAAUCUGUCGCAUCGUCAGGCCACCCACCCACCACCAUAUGCAGCAGUGAUUUUUAAGAAGUGGGACAAGCGAACAGAUGGCGCAUCUAGGCUGCGCGCGACAGGGACACCUACAGUGUUGGAUAUGAACAAGGCAGCUAGUAAAGGCGUGUUUUAUGUAGUCUACAUCUAUGCCAUUUCUGAGUGGAUUGGAUAAUAUUACAUCGCAGGAUUUCCUCCUGAAUCGUUGCUUGAGCCUGCCUACUCUACUUUGGCGCGGGUAUUGGAAAACACGCAGUGACAGGGCCAUCGCCACCGGUAGCUAUAAUCAGAGAGGAAGAGGCGAAGUGAAGCUUUUGCUAUAAUCUCCUAUUUGACGCCUCUCUCAGUUGGUAAACAAUGGUUGACAACCGUUAUGCCACGGCUUUGGUUAUCAGCUGUGUGCUCAGCGUGCUGGCUACGGUGUACCUGUCUGUAGCGGUUGGGACGCAGCACUGGUACCAGUACACUAGUCCCCCAGUGCGCGGCGAGGCCAACAUAUCCGAACUGCGGUCGCUGCAUGAUGAAUUCAUGGAAGGGGAAUUCGAUGAGAAGACCUACAGCGACACGCUCUUCCGUCUCAACGGGACCAUAGGCCUCUGGUGGCGCUGCGUUCUGGUGCCAUCUCAUACCCACUGGUACAAGGAGUCAGAUCCAAAGAUGGUGAUGAAAUGUGUUAGCUUCACGUUAACACAGCAGUUUACCCCAAAGUACAAAGAGCCAGGGAACCACAACAGUGGAGAGGACAUGCUGCGGACCUACCUGUGGAGGUGCCAGUUCCUACUGCCAUUAAUCUCCUUAGGUCUGGUGGUGCUGGCAGGCUUGAUAGGGUUCUGUGCCUGCCUCUGCCACAGUCUCACCCCCACCCUGGGCAUAGGAAUGCUCCACCUACUGGCUGGGCUGUGUACUCUAGCCACAGUGUGCUGUUACCUGGCAGGGAUGGAUCUCCUCCACAGGGUCUCUGUGCUGCCAGACAAGGUGGACGGCUCCCUGGGCUGGUCCCUCUACCUGGCCCUCAUCUCGUCCCCACUGCACAUGAUGGCUGCCGCUCUCCUGGUGUGGGCGGCACGCAGCCACAGUCAGAACUACUACCGCAUGACUGCCUACAGGGUAGCAUAGAGACCAGGCCUGCUGGUGCCUGACUAUCUGUUUUUAUAUAGGCACAUUUCCAAAUCAAAACCAUAAUUCCAACCACAUGAUACUUGUUGAUCUUGAAAUAACUGAAUAAGAAUAUAGAAAAUGCUAAUCUUUGCCCUCUGAUAGGCUACUGGGAUUUUCACCCUAUUGCUUUUUACACAGUUGCUUAUCCAAUCAUUUCAGAUCUAUUAAAGUGCCUAGUGUACGGGUGAGGGAGUUGAAAUUGGGAAACAGUGUGACCCAGAACAAAAUGUACCAUUGGUUAGACCAACAAGCAUAUCAUUGUUUAUAAUAGACUUUCCAAACCGUAACCAGCCACAGUCAGAGAUGCUUCCAUUCGACUUUCAUAUGUAUUAGCAAGAAAUAUUAUUGGCCCAUGUUUGGAAAAUCAAACCGUUCUGAAAGAAAUAUGUUUAUGGUGAUUCAAGUUUUUGUCCAAACAUUUGAUUACAGUACCAGUCAAAAGUUUGGUCACACCGACUCAUUCCAGGGUUUUCUUAUUCUACAUUGUAGAAAAAUAAUGAAGACAUCAAAACUAUCAAAUAAUACUUAUGGAAUCAUGUAGUAACCAAAAAAGUGUUAAACCAAGCUAAAUAUAUUUUCAAUUUUAGAUUCUCAAAAGUAGCCACCCUUUGCAUUGAUGACACCUUUGCACACUCUUGGCAUUCUCUCAACCAGCUUCAGCUGGAAUGCUUUUUAAACAGUCUUGAAGGAGUUCCCGCAUAUGCUGAGCACUUGUUGGGUGCUUUUCCUUCACUCUGCUGUCCAACUCAUCCCAAACCAUCUCAAUUGGUUUGAGGUCAGGUGAUUGUGGAGGUCAGGUCAUCUGACGCAGCACUCCAUCACACUCCGUCAAAUAGCCCUUACACAGCCUGGAGGUUGUGUUGGGUCAUUGUCCUGUUGAAAAACGAAUUAGAGUCCUACUAAGCUCAGACCAGAUGGGAUGGCGUAUCGCUUCAUAAUGCUGUGGUAGCCAUGCUGGUUAAGUGUGCCUUGAAUUCUAAAUGAAUCACAGUGUCACCAGCAAAGCACCACCACACCUCCUCCUCCAUGCUUCACGGUGGGAACCACACAUGCGGAGAUCAUCCGUUGACCUUCUCUGCGUCUCACAAAGACAAGGUGGUUUGCGCUUGGAACCAAAAACAUUUGGACUCAUCAGACCAAAGGACAGAUUUCCACCGGUCUAAUGUCCAUUGCUCGUGUUUCUUGGCCCAAGCAAGUCUCUUCUUAUUAUUGGUGUCCUUUAGUAGUGGUUUCUUUGCAGCAAUUCAACCAUGAAAGCUUGAUCCACAUGGUCUCUGAACAGUUGAUGUUGAGAUGUAUCUGUUACUUGAACUCUGUAAAGCAUUUAUUUGGGCUGCAAUUUCUGAGGCUGGUAACUAAUGAACUUAUCCUCCACAGCAGAGGUAACUCUGGGUCUUCCUUUUCUGUGGUGGUCCUCAUGAGAGCCAGGUUCAUCAUAGUGCUUGAUGGUUUUUGGUUUUCGGAUUUACUGACCCUCAUAUCUUAAAGUAAUGAUGGACUGUCAAAAAUCAAAUCAAAUGUAUUUAUAAAGCCCUUCGUACAUCAGCUGAUAUCUCAAAGUGCUGUACAGAAACCCAGCCUAAAACCCCAAACAGCAAGCAAUGCAGGUGUAGAAGCACGGUGGCUAGGAAAAACUCCCUAGAAAGGCCAAAACCUAGGAAGAAACCUAGAGAGGAACCAGGCGAUGUGGGGUGGCCAGUCCUCUUCUGGCUGUGCUGGGUGGAGAUUAUAACAUAACAUGGCCAAGAUGUUCAAAUGUUCAUAAAUGACCAGCAUGGUCCAAUAAUAAUAAGGCAGACCAGAUGAACUGGAGCAGCAGCACGGCCAGGUGGACUGGGGACAGCAAGGAGUCAUCAUGUCAGGUAGUCCUGAGGCAUAGUCCUAGGGCUCAGGUCCUCCGAGAGAGAGAAAGAAAGAGAGAAUUAGAGAGAGCAUACUUAAAUUCACACAGGACACCGGAUAAGACAGGAGAAGUACUCCAGAUAAAACAAACUGACCCCAGCCCCCCGACACAAACUACUGCAGCAUAAAUACUGGAGGCUGAGACAGGAGGGGUCAGGAGACACUGUGGCCCCAUCCGAGGACACCUCCGGACAGGGCCAAACAGGAAGGAUAUAACCCCACCCACUUUGCCAAAGCACAGCCUCCACACCACUAGAGGGAUAUCUUCAACCACCAACUUACCAACUUUUCUCUUUGCUUUUUUGAGCUGUUCUUUCCAUAAUAUGGACCUGAUCUUUUACCACAUAGGGCUGUCUUCUGUAUACGACCCCUACCUUGUCACAACUGAUUGGCUCAAACACAUUAAUAAGAACAGAAAUUCCUCAAACUUUUUAAGGCACACCUGUUAAUUGAAAUGCAUUCCAGGUGACUACCUCAUGAUGCUGGUUGAGAGAAUGCCAAGAGUGUGCAAAGCUGUCAUCAAGCCAAAGGGUAGCUGCUUUGAAGAAUAUCAAAUAUGUUUUGAUUUGUUCAACACUUUUUUGGUUACUACAUGAUUCCAUAUGUGUUAUUUCAUAGUUUUGAUGUCUGCACUAUUAUUCUACAAUGUAGAAAAAUAGUACAAAUAAAUAAAAACCCUUGAAUGAGUCGGUGUGUCCAAACUUUUGACUGGUACUGUAUUUCAAAUUGUAUUUCGACCUUAGAAGAACCUGGACAUAGCCAGGACAAAUGGAAAAAUAUAAGCUACAAAUAUUUCCCUUUGAGUGACAAUCUAUAGGAAGAUACAUAUUGUUUGUAGUGGUUGUGGUUGGUUAUUUUGUAUGUAAUUGGUUUGUUUUUAAGAGAUUUGUUUUGUUUAGUCUUAUCAGGAGUAUUAUUUUUGAUUGAAUUGUAAGAUUCUGCAGAACUUCGUAGGAAUGUAUUACCCCUACAGUACAGCUAGGUUAAUAGUGGACAAUGUCACUUUGUUACGAAGGUUCUGAUUUGUACACAUGACGUUACAUUCCGUUGUAGAAUAUUUCUCACUAUUGACUAGAUGUGGUUGCUUUGAUUUAUGUUACACUUUACAUAGUGUUACUUUUUUGGUUAUUUAUGUUUUUGUGGUUUUUACUUAAUUUAUUCAUUUUUACAUCACCUAAAAAAUGCCACUUCUAUGGCAUGGGCUUGUAUUAAUAAUCUCAAAGAAAUGCGAAGAUUAAACUGUGAACUGUUAAUACUAAUUUAUUAUGUCAAGAAUGUAUUUAAUGUGGUCGUAUGAAAAACAUUAAUGAUCCUUUUUUCUUUGAAUACUAGUUAUUUUUGGAUCCUAUUUUUAAAUGCUUUGCAACGAAGGCAUUAUUCGUAGGCCUGGGUAUUUAAUCUGUAUUUAGUCUACAAUGUACAAUUAACUGUUCGCAAGUGAAGAUUAAUGUCUGACAAAUACCCUGAUCAACCCUUGACCGUCAAGAAGAAUAGAGUAGUUGGAAACAUGUUAAUUUAAAUUGUGUGUCCAUAAGGUCUGCAUGUAUUCAUAUACAUGAUAUGACAGCAGUCAAUGUUUCAUGAAAACGUAUGCGUUAUGAAAGGUAAGAUUUAUGAAAGAAUGUGGACUUAAAGUAGCUGAUGAGUCAAGCUUUUUCAAAAUGAUGUCGAUUCUUAUAUAUUUUUUUCAAUAUUUAAAACAAAUGGUUCUAACCAUAUUUUCUGCCUGGCAAAUGCAAAUCAAACAAAUGGUAGCCUCCCAUCUUUCCUGCCUCAAAUGUAGUUCAUAUGGCAAAUUAUAUGGUAUGUAUGUGCUUCAGUAAAUCUAUUGUGAAUGUAUUUUAUCUCCCAAGAGAUAUCCUGGAGUAGCGAGCAAGGAAAAUGUUGAAUUGUGAGCUGAUGAUGUCAUACUAUGUUAGUGUGUGUGUGUGUAUUGAAGCGUUUUAUCAGCAAAUGCUGUCGUUUCAGUAAAGGAUUUUAUUUUUACACUUUUGAAGUUCAUAACAUUUGAACAAUGUGUCUCACUUGACAACCUUAUUCCUGAGGUGUGUUUUGAAUCUACUGUUCAUAUCAAGAACUUGAAAUUAGCUCUGAUUUGUAUUGUCCAUUUAGUUAGUCACUCUCCUCUCCAUAUUCCAUUAGCUUCUGAUAGCCUUCGUCCAUCUCCUCUUCCUCCUCAAUUUCUUCCUCUUUCUUCUGGCGCACUUUUCCACUUUCCCUGUUCUAUUUCACUCUCCAACCAGAUGGACGGUAUCCCCACACUUCUCUGUCUUGCCAGGGAGAGAGCUAUGCCCUUCUCAUACUACGCACAUUCAUUAAUGAAGAAUGGAUAGAGAGGCUCAGUCCCUUGGUACUUUCAUGUCUCUCCGGAAGAAAUCUGGAACAAAAGGUCAAGUUAAACAAUUUAAAGGCAAUGCUACCGAAUUCUAAUUCUGUGUAUGUAAACUUCUGACCCACUGGGAAUGUGAUGAAAGAAAUAAAAGCUGAAAAAA